AUGGAAAAGGAAUCUAAGCUAGUUCCAUUUUUGUUUCUUCUUUCGUUCAACGCGCUUCAGUUUUCAACAUACGUUUUAAAGUUACCACCGCUAUUUCUUCUCAGCAAGGGUUUUCUAGGACUUGUGUUUUUGGGCGGAUUUUUAAGGCUCGUUAGGGGAGAUAGGUCAUCAAAGCUACGGGAACGUUUUCAUACUGACCUGUUCACUUCUGACACAGUGGACAGGGUAGUCAAGUUUCUUUCAAGGAAAGUCAAUCUUGUAUUUGUUCAAACGAAGUCCGUUGUGCUUUGGGACGACCCUGUGAAGUCUUUGUACUCUCUAGUAGUCUUGUAUCUACUAAGUGAGCUUCUUAAAGUCGUACCCUCGGUUCUUGUCGUUUUUGUUCUCGUUUGGGUAUUCUUUUUAUACUUUUACAUGAACGAGUUCUUGAGAAAGAAUGUCUACACUCACUUCGAGCCUUAUGUAAAAGAGUUUGUAAAUUUCAUGUAUAAAAUGUACAACAGCGUGCCAAGGCUGAAUGAAAACAAAUUACUGUAA